AUGCUUUAUUUUAUUGGCCUUGGUUUAGCUGAUGUUGAUGAUUUAACUGUUAAAGGUUUACGUAUAAUUAAAAAUUGUAAAGAAGUUUAUUUGGAAACAUAUACAACAAUUUUACAAAUUGAUCAAAAAACAUUAGAAGAAUAUUUAGGAAUUCAAGUCAUACCUGCUGACAGAGAACUUGUUGAACUUUCAGCUGAUACGAUAUUAAAUAAUGCUCGAGAUCAUGAUAUAGCAUUUCUUGUUGGUGGUGAUCCACUGUCAGCAACAACUCAUACUGAUUUAAUUUUACGCGCUGUUGAACUUAAUAUUCCUUAUAAAGUCAUACAUAAUGCAUCAAUAAUGAAUGCUAUUGGUAGUUGUGGAUUACAGUUAUAUCAUUUCGGUGAAACGGUUUCGAUUGUUUUUUGGACAGAUACAUGGCGACCAACAAGUUUUUGUGAAAAAAUUGUUGCUAAUCGACGACGUGGUUUACACACACUUUGUUUAUUAGAUAUCAAAAUCAAAGAACAAGAUGAAGCUAGUUAUAUGAAAAAGAAAAAAACAUAUCUACCACCGCGUUUUAUGACUGCAUCACAAGCAGCUUCUCAAAUCCUUGAAUCAGCCAAACAAUUACAAGUUGAAGAUGUAAUCAAUGAGAAAACAUUAUGUGUGGGUGCAGCACGUAUUGGUUGGUCAGAUGAAAAGUUUAUAACAACGACUUUACGUCGAAUGGCUGAUGAAAUUGAUUUAGGUCGUCCAUUACAUUCACUUGUUAUUGUUGGUCAAUUACAUCCACUUGAAAUUGAUUAUCUUAAAAUUCAUACAAUUGAAUCAUCAUUUGAUCAAUUAGCACUAGAGAACAACCAGAGUUUAAAUCAUUAA